AUGAGCUACAACCGUGGCAUUUCAAAGGAAACAAUCUUAAAAAGAGAAGAUGUUGCUCAACGACAGUUGUGGACUCGGAGUGUUAGAGCCCAAUUAACUCCAAUUAGCCACGAUAAGAAAGUACAAGCACUUCCGACCACUCGUGACAUCAGUCUUCAAGCUAAACCUUCGGACAUUCCUGGCUUCUGUCAUCUGAAAAACACAGCGACUGAUCCUACCUCAACCAGCAAUGCAAGCACCCAGAGUAGUACAAUUAUCCGUAACAAGACAACCUCUUCUCAAGAAGAAGAUCAGAAGCAAGAUUAUCAUGCCGAUAUGGAUGGUAAUCACUUUGAGAUCUACUACCGGAAGAUGAUCCCGCUUUUUGCGGCUGAAGCUGCAAAACUUGGAAGACCCGCAGUGUUGUUGUGUGAUAAUGCUCUGUAUCACAAUGCUCCACUCCGCAAGCCUCCGACGAGCACUUCUUCCCGAGCUGACAUCACAUCUUUUCUCACGGAGCAUGGUGUAAAGUUCUUCCCAAAGCAGACGAAGGAGAUCCUCUACGAUUUGGCUCGAAUCUUCAUUGAAUCCAACGGGGGUCGCGAGGCAUUCACGGUCUACAAAUUCGACGAGUAUGCCAAGUCUCAUGGGGUUACUGUUUUAAGACUCCCACAAUAUCACUUGAGAAGCCGUGCCAAGGCGUUCCUCGAGUCUUUUCCAGCAACUUCGGCCGACAAACUGUUUCUUCACACUCAAAAAUUGGAGACAGACCUUCGAGAGAUGAUGGAAGAAAAAGAUAUGACGGAUUACGACGAGGUGUUCGACUUGAACUACGACGUCGAUGAAGCUGGCAAUCUCUACAACAUCCGAAUCGAUAGUGAUGACGAAGACGCGAUGGUGGACGAGGAAAUCGAAACCAUUUGCCCAACAGAUUGCUCCGUUAGCUCUGAUGACGACUUCAACGUUUUCAGUGAUACUGAAGACUAUGACUUUUUAGAAUAA